AUGAAGCAGUAUCUCGAAUACCUCGCGGCGGCUCUGCCGCUGAUGAGUCUCGCCACGGCCCAGCAGGUCGGCAAGCAGCAGACUGAGACGCACCCGAAGAUGACAUGGAAGAAGUGCUCGAGCGGAGGAUCCUGCACCACCGUCAACGGCGAGGUCGUCAUCGAUUCCAACUGGCGUUGGCUGCACGACUCCAGCGGCAAGAAUUGCUACGACGGCAACAAGUGGACCGACGCCUGCAGCUCGGCCACCGACUGCGCCUCCAAGUGCCAGAUAGAGGGCGCCAACUACGGCAGCACCUACGGCGUCUCGACCAGCGGCGACUCCCUCACGCUAAAGUUCAUCACCAAGCACGAGUACGGCACCAACAUCGGAUCCCGCAUGUACCUCCUGAACGGCUCGUCCAAGUACCAGAUGUUCACCCUCAUGAACAACGAGUUUGCCUUUGACGUCGACCUCUCAACGGUCGAGUGCGGCCUCAACAGCGCCCUCUACUUUGUGGCCAUGGAGGAGGACGGCGGCAUGGCGAGCUAUCCGACCAACAAGGCCGGCGCCAAGUACGGCACUGGAUAUUGCGACGCCCAAUGCGCCCGUGAUCUCAAGUUUGUUGGCGGCAAGGCCAACAUUGAGGGCUGGAAGCAGUCCACCAACGAUCCCAACGCUGGCGUCGGCCCCCUGGGUGGCUGCUGCGCUGAGAUCGAUGUCUGGGAGUCGAACGCGCACUCGUUUGCCUUCACGCCGCACGCGUGCGAGAACAACAAGUACCACGUCUGCGAGACGUCGGGAUGCGGCGGCACCUACUCAGAGGACCGCUUCGCCGGCGACUGCGACGCCAACGGCUGCGACUACAACCCCUACCGCAUGGGCAACACCGAGUUCUACGGCAAGGGCAAGACGCUCGACACCACCAAGAAGUUUACUGUCGUGACGCGGUUCGAGCGCAACAAGCUCACCCAGUUCUUCGUCCAAAACGGUCAAAAGAUCGAGAUCCCCGCGCCCACCUGGGACGGCCUGCCGCAGGACAGCUCCGCCAUCACACCCGAGUUGUGCAGCUCCAUGUUCCAAGUGUUUGACGACCGCGACCGCUUUGCCGAGGUGGGCGGCUUUGAACAGCUGAACCAGGCCCUGACCGUGCCCAUGGUGCUCGUCAUGUCCAUCUGGGAUGAUCACUACGCCAACAUGCUCUGGCUCGACUCCAGCUACCCACCUGAGAAGGCCGGCACCCCUGGCGGCGACCGUGGCAGCUGCUCUCAGGAUUCCGGCGUCCCCGCCGAGGUCGAGGCCCAGUACCCCAACGCGAGGGUUGUGUGGUCCAACAUCCGCUUUGGUCCUAUCGGCUCGACCGUCAGAGUCUAA